AGGGCGAAGCUGCCGCUCGGCAUCGUCUUCUCGACGGCGCUGUUCUGCGGAGAGAGCGCGGCGGCCGCCGUCCUCUGCUUCUCCUACAGCCACUCCGACGACCGCUUCUGGCUGGCGCUCACCAUCUUCUUCGUGCUCUGCCCCUCCGUCCUGGUGCAGCUCACCCUCAUCUUUGUGCACCGCGACCUCAGCCGCGACCGGCCGCUCGUCCUGCUCAUGCACCUGCUGCAGCUGGGGCCCAUCAUCAGGUGUGUGGAGGCCCUGGUGGUGUACUGCUGGUCGGGGGAGGAAGAGGAGCCCUAUGUCACCAUCACGCGCAAGCGGCGGCUGCGCAAGGGCUAUGAGGUGGAGCUGGAGGAGGAGGUGGGCCAUACAGUGCGCCGGCUGGCCACCCACCGCAACGCCUUCAAGCGCAUGGCCGUCAUCCAGGCCUUCCUGGGCUCCACCCCGCAGCUCACCCUGCAGCUCUACAUCAGCAUCCUGGAGAAGUACGUCCCCGUGGCACGAGCCAUCCUCAUGGGCAUCUCCCUGGUAUCGGUCACCUACGGGGCACUUGUCUGCAAUGUCCUGGCCAUCCAGGUCAAGUACGACGACUACAAGGUGCAGCUGCGGCCACUGGCCUUCCUCUGCAUCGUGCUGUGGCGCAGCCUGGAGAUCUCCACCCGCGUGGCUGUCCUGGUGCUCUUCAGCACCGUCUUCAAGCACUGGAUCAUCCCUAUCGCCUUGGCCAACCUGCUGGUGGUCUUCUUCCAGCCCUGGGUGCAGUUCUGGCGCAGUGGCACGCGGCUGCCCGACAACAUCGAGAAGAACUUCAGCCGGGUGGGCACGGUGGUGGUGCUGUUUGCCUUCACCCUGCUCUACGCCAGCAUCAACAUGUUCUGCUGGUCGGCCGUGCAGCUCAAGUUGGCUGACCGGGACCUCAUUGACAAGUCACAGAACUGGGGCCGCUUGGCCGUGUACUACGUGGCCCGGCUGGCUGAGAACACAGCGCUGGUGGUGCUCUGGUACUUCUUCAAGACAGAUGUCUAUGAGAACAUCUGCACGUUGCUGCUGGUGGUGCAGCUGCUGCUCGGCUACUGCCUGGCCAUCUACUUCAUGCUCCUCUUCUUCCAGUACCUGCACCCGUGCCGCCAGCUCUUCCGAUACAACGUCGCUGAUUUCCUGCACUGUGUCUGCUGCCGGCGGUCCGCAAGUGGUGCAGAGCUCCUGGAGGCACCACAUGAACCUGGUGUGAGGCACAGCAUCGUCUGAGGCUAUGGACAAGGGGCCGUGGUGGCAUGAGCCAUGCCGAGGGCUCUGUGGUGCCGCGGUGGCAGCAGGUCCUGGUGCCCUGCCCUGAGCACCAGUAUGUCCUCGUGGUGUCAGGGGACAGAGCGUGCCACCUGCCGGGCACACACACACGAGGGACCUAUGGGGUGUGCGAACCCCAUGGGGCACACAGCUCUGGGGAGCUUUGUCCCCACCCCGCUGUGACCCCAGGGACACUGCUCCGGGACUGUUUUGAGCAGUAAAGAAACUUUGUUGUGGCUCUGCA